CGUGUCGGUUCGUGGUUUCCCCAAUCCAAUUCUCCGGUUCACCGCUCCCCGAUUCUCAGAUUCUCUCGCGGUCGUGUGCCGGUUGUUGUUGCUGUUGUUGUUCUCGGUGCUUUUUUCAAUUCCGCGUGCGUGGGUGUAAAUCAAAUAAAAACACACAAUGGCCAGCGAGGACACGAGCUUUAUUCCCGAUCUUCCCAUCGGCGGACCAUUGGCCGUUUAUCGAAAGAGGGCUAACUUUGACUGGAAACGACUGCGCUUGAUAUUCGAAAAGGAGCAGGGAUUGCGUAUUAAGUACAAAGUGUGGCGCCGCUUGGAGAAUGAUCCCCUCUUCGCCCACCCCUCCCGCACUUUGCCCAUGGACGAGCAGAAGCGUUUGUGCGCCAUGCAGGUGAAUCGCAUGAAGCACUUGGACCUGGUGCCCAAGGAGAUCGAGCAACUGAGCUUCUCGGCCAAGACCAAGUACUUGAUGUACAUUAACGAGGCACUGGCCUGCUAUUCGCCCAGUUUAUCGGUGAAGAUCGCCCUGGGAGUUGGACUGUUCAACAAUGCCAUCCGUGCAAUGGGCACCGAAAAGCACACGAAAUAUAUCGAGGCUGCCUGGAAUCGGGAAGUGAUCACCUGUCUGGCCAUCACGGAAUUAUCACAUGGCAGCAAUACGAAGAGCAUCCGGACAACGGCCACCUAUGAUCCGAGUACCCAGGAGUUUGUGAUCAAUACGCCGGACUUUGAGGCGGCCAAAUGCUGGGUGGGAAAUCUGGGGAAAACUGCCACAGUGGCCAUGACUUUCGCCAAUCUCUAUACCGCUGAUGGUCAAAACCAUGGUCUUCAUGGCUUCCUGAUUCCCAUUCGUGAUCCCAAGACACUGCUCUCGUAUCCCGGUGUUUUGGUGGGCGACAUUGGUGAGAAGUGUGGCCUAAAUGGCAUUGACAAUGGCUUCGUGGUCUUUACCAACUAUCGCAUUCCACGCGACAAUCUGCUCAAUCGCACCAGUGACGUAACGCCGGAGGGGGCUUACGAGAGUGUGUUCACCGAGCCGGGAAAGGUCCUUGGAGCGGCACUCGAAAGCUUCUCCGCCGGCAGGAUUGGCAUAAUGCAGGAGUCGGCUAAUACCCUUUGCAGUGCAGCCGUUAUCGCAGUUCGCUACGCGGCAGUUCGCAAGCAAUUUGGCCCGGAACGACAAGGCGAGGAGAUGGCCAUCCUGGAGUACCAACUGCAUCAAUAUCGCAUAUUUCCCUAUUUGGCGGCUGCUUGUGUCCAGAAAAUCGCCACCGAAGAGCUGACAAUCACGUAUAUGGAGAUCAUAGCCCGAUCCCAGGCGGAUUCCAAUGGCUUUGAUAUUUUGACCCAAAACGCCGCGGAGAUCCAUGCCUUGAUCUCCUCGUCAAAGCCUUUGAUCACCUGGGCAGCUCGGGAUGCUAUUCAGGAAGCACGUGAGGCCUGCGGAGGACAUGGCUACCUGGCAGCAGCAAAACUUGGCCAGAUGCGCACCGAUCACGAUCCCCUGUGCACCUACGAAGGUGACAACAAUGUCCUGGGACAACAGGCCUCCAAUUGGCUACUGCGCCAGUGGAGUGCAAAGCAACUGGAGACGCCCAUUGGCAGUGUGAAAUUCCUGGAGCACCGCAAGGAGUUGCUGGCCCUCAAUUACGCAUCCUUGGUGCAGAAGACUUCUAUGUCCAGCUGGCAGUUUUCCUUGAGGUGCUACGAGUGGCUGCUUUGCCAUUUGAUGGCCCGAACCACAACUCACAUCGAGGGUCAGUUGGCAGCGGGAUGCAGUCGAUUUGAAGCCAGGAACAACUCCCAAGUGGCCGGAGCUCGGGAAUUAUCCUUGGCCUAUGCCGAGUACUAUGCUCUUACGCGAUAUGUUAAUCAUGUCAGCAAACUGACAGUGGAGGCCCCAUAUGCCUCCAUUCUCCGCCUGCUGUUCGAUGUCUAUGCCAUGUGGUUGCUGGAGAAGCACAUGACCACCUUUUAUGUGGGUGGCUUUGCAGCUGGACGAGAUUUCUCGGCUGCAGUGCGUCAGCUGCUGCUGGAUAGUUGCCUGCAACUAAAAGAUGUGGCUGUGAGCAUAGCAGAUGCCAUUUCGCCACCCGAUUUUGCCCUGAAUUCGGUGAUCGCCCGGGCAGAUGGUCUGCUCUACGAGAAUUUGCAAAACGAAUUUAUGACCAAUGAAGGUGCGUUCCAGCGACCUUCCUGGUGGCGUGACGUCAUCAUACCGCAGGCUCAGUCGAAACUCUGAGCAAUCCCCACCGAGUUUUCCAGGAGACGAGGAUGAAGACAAGUGCCUGACUAGGAAAUUUGAGCAUUUGGCUCGCGCUAAGCAAAUCAAGAUGUUUUGAAGUUAUUGUUGCCUCAUUUGAAAUCAGGUAUUAUGGCAAACCACAUUCGCAUCGAUCCUAGUAAAACGUUUUAUAUCAUAUAUGUACCAACUAUAACAUACAUUCGAGUAUUUUAAGAUCAAAUCUGUUACUAGUUUAUGUUUAAACGAGUUAAAUAAAAUAUAUAAAAAUGUGUUAAAAAA